UCUCCUUCCACCAUAACACCAUGAAACACAGUAGAAACGAAUUGACGGAUUCGCCAGUCAAUCCAGACAAGAAACAGAAGACUGACGAUGAAACUGAACAAAAUCAAAACUUCUCGAGGUCUAUCAGGACGGCGUUUGACAUCAACUUUGCUUUAUCAGACGCACGACUGAAGUUUAGACCAAUUGGAAAUGUCGUGACGGUCUGGCCGUUUGAAGAUCAUCCUGUCCCAAAGAAAACGGAACGAGAGAUCUUGAACAAAUUGUCCGAACUCAACAAAGAAGCCAAUAAACUCUCUCAACCAUACUGUGUUGGAACCCUCAAAGAUCCGUUCUAUCUUGAGGUCACUUAUGCUGGUUGCGAGUUCAAACGCAAUAAUCUACGUUACGGUCAGUUCGACUCGUAUAAGAACACAAUCCAAAAAUGGCUCGAAAACGCCCCCGUCUCCGGUUUCGGAGACAACCGAGUUCUCGAAACCAAAGUGGAUCCUGAAGUCAGGAAAGCAUGCGAGAUACCAGCAGAAGGCUUCAAAGUCAAUAGCAAACUCCUAGACACAAUCGCAAAAAUAUGGUCAACCAACUUUCUUCCCGCCAAAGUUCGUGUUGAACCUUACAAGAUCCAUAUCUACGGGAAGGGUGGACACUUCAAGUCUCACCGAGACACGCCGGAGAAGCUCUUGGUGGGGACGUUCCUUCUUGGAAUAGAUGAUACGACAAUGCAAGAGUCGUACGGUGAUUACGAUGAGGAGAGUGAUGUCGAUGCAGAAAGUGAUGACGAUGCGGAAAGUGAUGUCGAUGCGGAAGAUGACCAAGUUGUUGAAGGUGACUGCGAUGCUGAAGGUGGCCUUGAAGCUGCAGAUAGUGGCCAGGUUGCUGAAGGUGACCACGAUGCUGAAGGUGGCCUUGAAGCUGUAGAUAGUGGCCAAGUUGCCCAACUUGGUGACCGCAAUGGUGAAGGUGGCCGAGUUGCAGAAGGUAACCUCUACGCAGGAAGUGGCAGAGGUGUCCAAGCAAAAAGCGGUUUCGAUCAACGAGCAGGUAACUUCUGCAUCGGGAACAUUCAACAGACUGCGAAGACAGGCCAUUGGGUCGCCUUUUACCCUGAUGUACCACACUCGGUUGAACCCCUCACACGUGGAUACCGGGCCGCUAUCGCGUUCAAGAUAUAUAGCCUGGAGGGUGUCAAUAUACCGGAGGAGGUUUCUCGACGCUAUCCCUCGGUGAUCGAACGGACUAAAACGGUCUUAGCGAAGAUAAAGGGCCCGUACGGAAUCAUUCUCCAACAUCAUUAUCCGAUGGGAACCGACGCAGACGGCUUGGUUGGCGUCGAUGCAGUAAUCCUCUCCGCCGCAAAGCAAAUCCGGCCAAAUCAUACCGUCCGACUCAUCCCAAUUAUGGUCCGGAUACACGAAGAAAGAAUCAUGGACCCCAUCCAUGACAUAGACAGCGAAAGUUGCAUCGAUGCAAUAGUAUACCCCUUCACCCGCCACCAUGUCGACAUCUGUCUUGGGCGUUCUGACGACAACACGAAGGAAUCAAUAGCCUGGAUCAAAGAUGUGAAGAACCUCCCCUUUUUUAGCUGGGACUUCAAGGAGAAGUCUAUGAUGUGGUCGUCUGAAGAAGACGAAAUAAACCACACCGGAAAUGAGUCUGAUGGUACUCGAGAGACAUCUGUGUACCUGGCGUACGCUAUUGUGGUACUAUGAUUAUAG